AUGGGAACCAAGCGCGAGUACGACGAAGUCGAGUCGCAAGGCGCAGAUGGCAGCCAUGGAGCGUCUGAAAAGAGGCACAAGUCUUACAUCGGACGAAAACGCCAGGCAAAGGAAGACUCCGGGGCUAAGAAGCGAAUUCGAGCGAUCGAAAGAAGUCUAAGGCGAAACCAAGACAUGCCAGUCAAUGUGCGAAUUGAUUUGGAGCGCGAACUGGCGUCGCAGAAGCAACUUGUUGCAGAUCAGGAAUACAAGAGGAAGCGAAGCACAAUGAUAUCCAAAUACCAUAUGGUGCGAUUUUUCGAACGAAAGAAGGCUUCAAGAUUAGUGAAGCAAUUGAAACGAAAGCUUGAGCAGGAAUCGGACUCAGGCGAGGCGGAUAAGAUACGGCACGACCUUCAUAUAGCUGAAGUUGACGAAGCAUAUACUCUUUACUUUCCCCAUCUCGAAACAUAUGUCGGCCUAUAUAGCUCUCACGCCAAGAAAACGGCCGAAGAGGAGACCGAGGAGGGGAAAGCUGCGGCUGCGAAGGCGGCUCUGGAGGCAGAGAGACCGCCAAUGUGGUCAGUAAUUGAGAAGGCCUUGGCCGACGGGAUUCCUGCGUUAGAAAGCCUGCGGGACCGCCGGUCGCCAGAUGAUAACGGGGAGGUUGAUGAUACACAGCCGCCCAUCAGGCCGCGGGCCACUCCCAAGGCGCCUUCGAACACCCCCGCAUCACGAAACAACAAUGCCUCCCGGGCCAAGAACGGCGCCUCUGGAAAGAACCAAGAACAGCCGCAGCGAUCGGGUAAGGCCCCGGAGCCAGCAUCCAGCCAUGGCGACAAGGAACAACACCCGGAACUCAACCGCAGAGAGAGGAGAAAGCUAAUGCGGGAGGCCCUCGCGGCGGCCACCAAUGACGAGGAGGACGAGAAUGGAGACGGCGGCUUUUUCGAGGGCCUCUAA